GGCAUUUCGUUAGGGCUUGUAAUCUUUUAGUAUCAAGAAUUAUUAAUGAAAACGAACUUAAGGAAGCAUAUGAGAGGUUAAAAGAUAUGGCUUGUAUUAUAGAAAGUACUUAUGGUCCUGAAUUUAUUACAAGCAAUAUCCAUCUCGCUCUUCAUAUUUCUGAUUGCUGUCAAGAUUAUGGUAGUUUAGCAUUAACUAGCACAAUGGAUAAUGAAGAGCUGAAAUAUUUUUUAUCUUUAAGAUAUCAGACAUCUGUGGCUCUUAAGAUAUAUGAUACUGAGCCUAUACCUGGUCAUAUGCUUUUUCCCUCAUAUAUCGGAGUCAUUAUAUCUCUAGAAUUAAAAAAUCUUUGCAUGAAUGGUAUGAAAUAUUAUACGGAA